ACUGGAAGUCAGCAUGUUGCGGUCCGAGAGAGAGAGAGAGAGAGGGUGACAAUGCGAUGUCCAGCUGAUGCAUCUCCCUUCCUGAUUGCCUGGGUUCGGCCUUCAAUGCCGCGAACGCGAUGCGCUGCCCCGUGUGCCGGGCCAUGGAGGAAGGAGUCUGGAGGACCUUCCCGACCAGAGCUCCUCGGGGCGGCAGAGCGGGUGCCCGUGCGGCCCCGGGAGAUGUGCAGGUGCGUCCCGUCGGAAUGCAGCCACCAUCUGGAAUUUACUGGAGCCUUGAUCAGGGAUGGUUCAGCGGAUCCCCAUCACUUGGACAUGGCAGUCCUAUUAGACACCCCUACUCCUUUCCACGCCACCGCAGAGAAACUGCCCAUAUGAUGAUGGGUUCAGUUAAUGGUUCUGGUCGGGCCUCACCGUCAUCUCAGGUGACAAGGAUCACACAUCUUCUUCUCGGCGUCAACAGAAGGACGGAUCAUGGAUAUUCAUUUCAGGGUAAUGUUGGCCCCAAUGAACACUAUGAUUUGUUUCCUCAAGGGAUGAACAGCAUCCAACCUGUCGGACUUGAAGCACCAGACCUUGCGUUCUUGGGGGAGCCCAUUUUCAAUAUGAGAGCCAGUGCUGGGAGCUUAUUUGGACCCUUAGCUGGUGCAGCUCCUGUGGAGCAGUCAAUGAAUUUACCGUCUCCACCGGUGCGCGCCAUGAUGCGUGCUGCAAGCAAUCGUUCCAGCUCAAGUGGCCUGCUACCAGCUGAGCAGAUGGCUUUUCAAGCUGGAGGAUCUGGAACGGUCAACAUCCAGUUACCCAACGUUGGUGAAGUGGUGGUGGCUUCAGGUGCGGAUGUUCAGCCAGGAGAUGGAGUGGAUGGUUCUGAGGACAUUAUUACAGAUGGCGAGGAAUCCGUUGAAGACCUGUUGGAGUGAUCGGACAGAGGAAACUAGAUGGAAGGUUUGUUUCCAAACUGAUCUCAUCAGUAUGGUGGGGUCGUGAAGAAAACUGCCUGGGCGAAUAAAUGAUUUCCUGAAGUGGAUGAUUGUGGUAUGUUAGUAAACAGUUGGAAGUGAAAACCUUGUAUGCUUCAUUUAUGGUCUGUAAUAAGUCCCGUAGCUGGGAACUUCUCGUUUAUUUCCAUAAUGCGGCUCAGCCAUAUGCUGAAAACUCCGCGAUGCUCUAAUGUCUCUAGAGAACAUCAGUGAAUUUCAAUAGAAGUUGCUGCUUUUGUGAAA